CAGUUCGAUUUUCGUUCAUAAAUAAACGCCGUCAUUCGAACGGAGGGUGAUUCCACUCAACACGCUCGCCACUGACACGGAACAUUUAAGCCGAUAACUUCCCCAACCUGGAUGUCACGCAAAGCUGUAGCAGUACGGUGUGCGCUUAGUGAUUUUUGAUCCCGAUAAAAGGUGGCAUAUGUUUUCCGGUCCAGGUGAUCGCAGCUCACACGUGUAAUUGAUUAUUGUGUACCAGUGUUGCCACAGUACCGCCGCACUACAGCAUUGCCGAAAUGGGUUCGAAGGUGCAUCAUGCGGGAGUUUCGCACUCGGCUGGUGGCGUGAGAUUUGUUGUCAUUCUUUGCUUCACCGCUCUGUUGGGAGUUGCAAUGGCUUGUAACGGUGGCUACAAGAUACGCAUGAAAAAGAUUGAAAACUGUGCCGGUGCGGAUGCAGUUAUUACGGCCGAUGAAAACUUCACCGUGGUGCUGACGAAAAAUUGUGAUAUCAAAUCGCGGGGCUGUGUGCGAUUUAAGGACUUCAAGACGGGCAAUGCCAAGUACACCAUUUCCAAGGACGGUGUGCAGGUGCUCCAGGGUUCGAUGGACAUCUGUGACCAGGCAUCCCGGCCCAGACGUACCGAGAACAUUGCCGAGCUGUUACGAAGUCUAGGCGUACCGGAAAAGUGUCCGAUUGAAGCGGGCCAAAUCUGUACCGAGCCCAAUCAGGUGGUGAAUAUUAAUCGCUUCAAACAAUAUCUUCCACUUGCACGGGGUGCUAUUGCCGUAGACGUUUCCGUUCAACAUGAUUCGGGCAAAAGUUGCUUCAAGGUUCGCUUCGACAUAACCAAGUAGAACGACAGCGAGAUUUCGACCUUUCUGUGACACAUGUUAGAGAGCAAGCAAUCAAAUUGUUUUCUUUAAAUAAUAAAAUAUGUCAUACAAUUGCU